AUGAACGGCGUGUCUCGCAAGCCCACGGCGCCUCGAGCUCCAGCUCCCGUCAAGAAACCGUCGACAGGCACCGCCGCCAGGCGAGCACCGAACGGUGUCGCGCCCAAAGCGGCAUCAGUAGCAGGCGACAGUCCAGCGACGGGCGGAGGAGGCGUCACGUCUGCGUAUGCCAUCAUGGCCAGCAGAAUUGCGAAUCGCGUCGCAGAAAUGGCCGAGAGCAUCACGUUCGUGGAGAGCAGGCCCAAGCCAGCCGAAGCAGAGGCGCAGGUGCAGGCGCAGGGAGGUCAAGAGCAGGAGAAGAAGAGGCCUCGGAAGCUGGAAAUGCGACUGAACAACAGUGCUCCCGACUCGGUGGCUUUCUCGGCGCCCUUUCUCGACAAUACGCUGCAGAAGAUGCUGCACUUGCAGAAUCGCAUGCUGAAGACGACGGCAGCGCUGUCCAAGAGCGAUGGUGUGGACGAGAAGGUGGUUAAAGAGCACGCGUCACAGUCGGCAGAGCUGAGCAGGAUUAUUGCCUUGAUAUGCGCGGAGAAAGCACGUCAGGGCGCGUGA